GAAGGACUUCGAACUUUGUCAGUCGAUUUUGAACCUUAACUGUACCGCAUGUGCUCUUUCAGUUUCAGCUGAUGUGAGACCGUGGUGCUCGCCGUCAGGGCCGGAUCUAUUUUUCGUGUUGUGAUGGCUCUCGGUAGUGAAGUGAACGAUAAUUCCUCAAAAAGUACCAACCACAAAGUGAAAAAAUGUCAAGCCGAACUCAAUGUGAACGAUAAAAGUUACAAGGAUAAUGCAACCAAAGCCGUGGGCGGCGACGCAGCGGAGCGCGUGGGCAAGAUGAAGAAGGGCUCGGCGGUGAACGGGCACGCGCCGGGGGUGGACGAGGGCGGCGGCGCCCCCGCCUCGCCCCCCGCCUCGCCCCCGCGCGUCUCGUACGCCGCCGCCGCCAAGAAGGCCUCCUCGCCCGGCGCGCCCGCCGUGCCCGCAAGCACAGACUCGAAGAUGAAAGUAAACGGCGAGAAGUCAUCACAACAGAACGGCGACGCAGUGGACAAGGAACAGUUAGAAACCAAAGACGUAGUAGUUAACGGCACAGGAAAAAAAUGCGAUAAAAUAGUUAAUGGUGACACUAAAAACGGUACAGUUUGUGAUAUUAGUAGUAGUGAUACUAAAUUAGUUACUAAUGGAUUCAACAGUGAUUCAGACGAAUCUAAAUCAAAUAAAUCAGAGGACUCGAAUGAAACUGUUAUAUCAAGUCCGUGCUCGAAGUCUACUGCAGAACAAAAACAGGUUUCUAAUAAGAAGAAAGAGAACAGUGGAAACAAGAAGACUAAAUCGGCAGAGAAGGCCAAUGAAUCUGAUAAGAAGAAGGAUUCUGGCAAAAAACAUGUCGAAGAGAAGAAAGAUGAAGAGAAGCCAAUAAAGGUGGAGACUGUGUCCGAGAAAGUGAACGGCGAGAGUGAUAAAAUAGUGAAUGGAGACAAGAACCGCGAGUCGUCGCCGAGUGAGGAUGGAGAUGACAAGAAGAGGGACGCCGAAGUGGUGUUCAUACAGGACCUGGGCUUCACCGUCAAGAUCGUCAGUCCUGGCGCUGAACCCUUGGAUAUUCAGGUAUCGAGCAUGGAGUUGGUGCAGGAGAUCCACCAGGUGCUGAUGGAUCGCGAGGACACGUGCCACCGCACCUGCUUCUCGCUGCAGCUGGACGGCGUCACGCUCGACAACUUCGCCGAACUCAAGAACAUCGAGGGCUUGAAGGAGGGCUCCGUUAUCAAGGUGGUGGAAGAACCAUACACGAUGCGCGAGGCGCGCAUCCACGUGCGCCACGUGCGCGACCUGCUCAAGUCCAUCGACUGCUCCGACGCGUACGCCGGCCAGGAGUGCUCCUCGCUCGCCUUCCUCAACAUUGUCACGCAGGGGGAUAUACUCGAGAAGAAGAAGUCCCGUCCGGAGAGCGUGGACUGCACGCCGCCGGACUACAUCAUGCCGGGCAGCACGGAGCGCCCGCUGCUGCCGCUGCACCCCGGCCUCAGCAAGGAGAACAAGGCGCCGCAGUGCCUCAAGGUUCUGACGACAUCGGGCUGGAACCCGCCGCCGGGCCCGCGCAAGAUGUGCGGCGACCUGCUGUACCUCCAUGUCGUGACUCUCGAGGACCGACACUUCCACAUCACGGCGUGCCCCAGGGGGUUCUACUUGAACCAAUCCUCAGAAGAAGUAUUCAACCCGCGUCCGUCCACCCCGAGCCUGCUGUGCCACUCGCUGAUCGAGCUGCUCGGGAUCGUAUCUCCGGCCUUCAAGCGCAACUUCGCGCUGGUGCAGAAGAGACGCAUGCAGAAGCACCCCUUCGAGCGAGUGGCCACGCCCUACCAGGUGUACCAGUGGGCCUCGCCGGUGCUGGAGCAUACGGUUGAUGCGAUCAGGGCUGAGGAUACGUUUUCGUCGAAGCUGGGCUACGAGGAGCACAUCCCGGGGCAGACACGCGACUGGAACGAGGAGCUGCAGACCACGCGCGAGCUGCCGCGCGCCACCCUUCCUGAGAGGCUGCUGAGGGAACGGGCCAUCUUCAAGGUGCACAGCGACUUCGUAGCCGCAGCGACGCGCGGCGCGAUGGCCGUGGUGGACGGCAACGUGAUGGCCAUCAACCCCGGCGAGGAGCCCAAGAUGCAGAUGUUCAUCUGGAACAACAUCUUCUUCUCGCUCGGGUUUGAUGUGCGCGACCAUUACAAGGACUUGGGCGGAGAUGCUGCUGCGUUUGUUGCUCCGCGCAACGACCUACAAGGCGUCCGCGUCUACAGCGCGGUGGACACGCCCGGUCUCCACACUCUGGGCACGGUGGUGGUGGACUACCGCGGCUUCCGCGUCACGGCGCAGUCCAUCAUCCCCGGCAUCCUCGAGAAGGAGCAGGAGCAGAGCGUCGUGUACGGCAGCAUCGAUUUUGGGACCACGGUGCUGACGCAUCCGAAGUAUAUGGAGCUGCUAAGCAAGGCAGGCCAGCAGCUGAAGAUAAUGCCGCACUCGGUGAUCAGCGCGGGCGGCGAGACCGUGGAGCUAUGCUCGAGCGUGGAGUGCAAGGGCAUCGUGGGGAACGACGGCCGCCACUACAUCCUCGACUUGCUGAGGACCUUCCCGCCAGAUGUCAACUUCUUGCAGCUGGAAGACGACGAGUUGAGAGAGGAUAUUAAAUCCAUGGGCUUCCCAAUUAUUCAUAAGCACAAACUUUGUUGCCUUAGACAAGAAUUAGUUGAUAAUUUCGUUGAGGCUCGCUACUUCAUGUUCAUCCGCUACGCUGCCUUCCACCUACAGCAGCUAAGUGCCAAGCGCCAGCAGGCGGACACAAAGUCCAUCGAGCCCAGCAAAGACGCCAAAGACAAUACUAGUGAGACUAAACCCAAACGAGACACCAAGAGCCAGGAGAAAGAGACAAAAGAUAAAAAGAAGAAGGACAACAAGAAGGAUAGCAAUAAGAAGGAAGAGGUGAAAGCUGAAAAGACAAAGGAGGUGAAAUCUGAAGAGGAAGUGAAGCCAGAGAGCAAGGAUGAGGAGUUAUUGUUGAACGAUAACUAUUCCGAGAUUGAUACCGAUGUUGCCAAAAAGAUUGUUGAGAGUAUUACCGACUCUAUCAGCGGGGAGAAGCAGGAAACUGAUUCGGGCGACAGAUCGCGCGCAGUGGUCGCGGCGGCCGCCCGCGCCGUGGCCUCGCUCAAGGAGUCUGAGUUUGACGUGCGCUUCAACCCGGACGUCUACUCGGCCGGCAUCAAGCACGCCGCCUCGCCCGAGCAGCUCGCCCAGCAGCGGCACCUGGUGAAGGAGGCGGCCGCCUUCUUGUUGACGACACAGAUACCCGCGUUUGUGCGCGAAUGCCUCGAACAAUCCUCCGCCCCCAUGGACGGCGCAGCGCUCACAGAAGCCUUGCACGCGCGCGGCAUCAACGUGCGCUACCUGGGCCGCGUGUGCGUGGCGCUGCGGGCGCAGCCCUCGCUCGCCUACCUGCACGCGCUGGCGCUCGCCGAGCUCGUGCUGAGAGCCGCCAAGCAUCUGUAUACCGCGCAUUUGCAGAGCUGCGACGCGAUGUGCAUCGGCGUGGCGGUGGCGCACUUCCUCAACUGCCUGCUGGGCGCCUGCCCCAACCCGAGUGUGCCUUCAGGCGAGGAGCCAGGGCGCGCUCGCGGCAGCGGCGGGCGCGCGGGGCGGGGGCGGCGCACGCGCAAGCCCGCGCCCGCCGCCGCGCCCGCGCCCGAGUGGUCCGCGCUCACCCCGAGCAAGCUGCACCACCAUAUCAAGCAUGAGCUCAAGUCAUACUGGGGCUAUGAUCUCAACGCUGACAGUAUGGAAUCAUUGAUUGAAAAGAAUGGACUGCAAAAAAUAUCACUUUUGAGGUCGUUCGCGCUGAAGGUUGGGCUGCAGGUGGCUCUCCGCGAGUACGACUUCGACAACAAGCACAAGCCGACGUUCAGCGGCGCCGACAUCACCAACAUCUUCCCCGUCGUCAAACAUAUCAACCCUAGGGCAUCAGACGCAUACAACUUCUACACGACGGGCCAGAGCAAGAUCCAGUCGGGGGCCGUUUCCGAGGGCCACGAGUUGAUUGCAGAGGCGCUCAACCUGUUGAACAACGUCUAUGGAGCGAUGCACGGAGAAAUCGCCCAGUGUUUGAGGAUGGUGGCACGCCUCUGCUACGUGACUGGGGAGCAUAGGGACGCGAUGGCGUACCAACAGAAGGCCGUACUUAUGAGCGAGAGGGUCAACGGGAUUGACCACCCGUACACUAUUACUGAAUAUUCGCACCUGGCGCUGUACUGCUUCGCGAACGGGCAAGUGUCCACGGCGCUGAAGCUGCUGUACCGAGCGCGCUACCUCGCGCUGCUCGUGUGCGGCGAGAACCACCCCGAGAUGGCGCUGCUAGACAGCAACAUAGCGCUAAUCCUGCACGCGGUCGGCGAGUACGAGCUCUCUCUCCGCUUCGUUGAAAAGGCGCUCGCGAUAACCGUCCUGGUUCACGGCGCUCGCUCGCUCAAGACGGCGGUGGCGAGACACCUGCUGGCGCGCACGCUCAGCUGCCUCGGGGACUUCCGCGCCGCGCUGCAGCACGAGAAGGAGACCUACUCCAUCUAUAAGCAGCUUCUCGGCGAAAAACACGAGAAGACCCGCGAGUCGUCCGAAUGCCUGCGCCACCUCACGCAACAAGCCGUCGUACUUCAGAAGCGUCUGACGGAGGCGUUCAACCGCGCGCCGCACGCCGCGCCCGCGCCGCCGCCGCUGCACAUCCAGCCGCCGCCGAUACCCUCCGUCAUUGACAUGCUCAACCUGAUCAACGGGAUACUGUUUGUGCAGAUCAGCCCUCAAGACAUCGAGCAGUUCAAGGCGGAGAUAGAGAAGCGUCAGCUGAAGGACCUGCCCCUGCCCGGCGACCCGCCCGCCCCCGCCCCCGCUGUCGCCGCCGCCGCCGCCGCCCCCAGCGACAGUUGAAACCGCCCGCCCCACUCAACACGGACAUUUAAUAUACACUGUUAUUUUACACUUAUUCAUUCAUAACAUUGUUCCUUAUUAUCGAGAAUGUAUGCGUAGUUUAGAGUGCUAAGGUUUGAUGUAGAUUUUUUUUGUUAGUGAAAUUUUGAGGAUAUUAUUUUGAUCAAAUAAUUAAGAAUAUUUUUUUUUAAUCUUGCAGGUGCAAUAGUGUUUAUUUAUGCAUGUGCAUAUGUAAUAUGUUUCGCUCAAAUCACGCCGAGUUAGGUUUAAUUGUAUGCUUCCGGUUCGAAUUUCCCAGUGGACACCCAAAGUAGUGCAAUUCUGAAGUAGUGAUAAUAGCAAUAAGUGAGUCGGUUGUGAGGCGCCGCCAGCGCGGGGCCACUGCCUUCACCUUCUACACCGUUUAUCAAUUGUUGUUGUCGAGUAUUAUUUCUUUUAAUUAUAUGGGAAAAUAUAUUGUUGAGAACCCAUAGUCGUAGAAAUUCAGUUAUAUUGUGAUUGAAAUGUAACAGGAUUUGUCGGCUUAUUAUUUCAAAGAGUUUAUUAUUAUGUAUACGUUUACUGUUAUGAAUUGAUUUAUUCUAUAUUUUUAAUUAUCACAAUUAUUCAUAAAAUCAAUUACUUAAAAUUACGAAAAUAAGUUCAAUACUGCCUUGAUCGUUAUAGGUUCACUUGAUAGUCUAGUGCCAUACAAAUAGUGAAAUUAAGUAGUAUGAUUUGAAUAUUUCUGUUAGUCUGUGAUACGAUAAGUUUUUUCAUCGAGUACUUGCCUUGUAUGCCACUUUAGCAAUAAAUGAAGCCAAUACUUAAUGAUCACUCCUCAUUGUUAAAUGAUCACAGCAGAUUCAAUUAUAUAAUAAUAUGAUAGUUGUUUGUGCAAAUGUUAUCUAGUACCUAAGUAAAUUGUUGUCGCACGACAAUAAUAACUUGUUGCAACCGGAUGGCGCUUUGUUGAAUGACUAUAGAGUUUGCCGAAGUUAGGUUUAUCAUAGAUCAUAAAAUGUUUCGACAUGAGCAAUAUUGAUGAAGAUUUGAAGUAAAAUAACUAUUUUCGCUAACUACAUAUAGGAAUUGGUGUCAUGGAUAAGUAUUUGUCGUGGUUAUUUUGAAUGAAGUUUGGUGGAAUACGUGCCUGAGCAAACAAUAAUUUCUUGCUGUUGUUGUUGUUACAUUUCUUUAACAAUAUGACGAUUAUGUAAAUACGGCGCUGUUCGUAGUUAACUAAUAAAAUCGUUUUUAAAA